AUAUUAAAUCAUUAAAUAAUAAAAUUUUAAUAUUAUUUUAGUUUUCAUGCUUAAAUAUAUCAUAUUUCGGUAUGGUUUGGGGAAAUGUCUGAUAGUACCUGGAGAGAAGCUAUUGAUAUCGAACAUUUUGACUUUCAAAAAAUCACUAGGAAGAAUAAGAAUUUUCCAGAAUCUGUAUUGUUGGAUGAAAAUAAGAAUUUCAAUUCCGCUGAUGAUGCAGGAGAUCCUAUGGAAGCACUAACCACAGCAGAUUCUAGAAUUUCUGAUCACGUAGAAGCGUCAAAUCCUACUAAUCGCUGUGUUUCUGAUGAUACUGUCGGUUCUGUAGUAAAUGAUUUUGAAAUUAAUACACCAUGUAGUUAUAACUUGGACGAAAAUUCACUGGCUUAUACAUUCCAAGAUGGAACUUCAAAAAAACCAAAUUCUGGAUUUGGCUUAUUUUUAGGCGCAAUAUUUAAUAAAAUAGACCCAAAGUUAGCUUUCUUCAUGUUAAUUUUUGUUAUUACGAAUUCGGCUCAACCAUUACUGAUCUGUUUACUUAGACAGCAUGGUGGAACUCCGAACGGAACAUAUACGUUUCUCAUUCCAACGUACGUAGCAAUGAUAUGUGUGGGCAUAUAUCCAACAAAAAAAUCAAUAUUCGAAGAAAAUUGGAGAUAUCCGAUAAUGCUCUCCACGUUGGAUAUAAUACAUCAGGUGAUCGAGAAGGCUGGACUAAUAUACUGUGGACCAUCAAUAUAUUCAAUUGCAUCUAGCACUAAUACAAUGUUCCUUGCUAUGUUUGCUAAACUUAUUUUGAACAAGGAGAUUACAAGAACAACAUGGCUCUCAAUCAGUCUCAUAUCAGGAUCUUUGGCUGUUACUGGUAUUGGGCAUUUCGAACAAAUAACAUAUUUCCACAUUUCUGGCUUUUUCCUUGUCGUUAUGGCGGCUCUUGUGAAUGCUCUGAAUUCAACUAUAGGAGAAGAUCUACUGAAACGGGAAGAAAUAGAAGGUCCCAACUUAGUUUGUAUGAUGGGAAUAGUCUCGUUUUCCGCGUUCUUUGUAUGGUCAUGUUUGUGGACCAUUCCUCAAAGGCGCAAACUUUUCCCUACAGAAGGCGAGUUGAAUCCAUUUGAUAUCAUGAAAGUUCUGAACAUACUUGGAGUCCUAUUCAUUUCAAAUUUUGGUAGAUCAUCUGUCUAUUAUUAUAUCAUGAAGAAUUCUGGUUCUGUAAGUUGUGGUGUACUGAAGGCAAUACGUAUUAUUAUCGUUGUUAUCGGUGGACAUGUCAUGUUUUCGUGUACUGAUAAGACCCAGACAAUCACUAUGGCUAAAGUUCUUGCCUCUGUUAUAUGCUCAACCGGUGUAAUUAUAUAUUCCUUGGAGAAGUCUGGCUGGAGAGCUGCGAAGGUCUCCGAUCAGUGAUUACGAGUACUAACCGGACCAAUCAGAGAUAAAUGUAGUACUUCAAAUUAUAAUUAGUAUAAAAUAUAUU